AUGGGCGACAUGAGCGAGCAUGAAGAAUGGCUGGAAGAGUGUUCCGGACGACGUGUAGGACGAUCUCCAGCAGGAGCUGCUGGGCCGUCCAUUCAGGGAUCUCGGUCGCAAAAUGCCAGUCCAAUACUGGGGUCAUCUGCUGCAGCCCCGGCUAUUCCAUCAUUUUCUGGACCACCAAAACGCCUCUUUGCUGGCUCGUCCAACUCAUCUGGAGCUGUGCAAGCAAAUGUUAGCGCUGUGGCUGGUCCUGGUGCAAGUGCAAAUCAGCGCGGAACAACCUCCGAUUGCGGGUCAGAGUACACUAGGUCUCUUGACGACAUUGCUGGUAACAGCCUUGCUCGAUUAGAGAAUAAAACAGAAGGUUCGAUCAAGUUGAAUAUACCGAAUCUCUCAAAUCUAAGGACUAAGGUUAACACAUCGUUUCAUCACAUCGCAAAUUUACCGUGGCGUCUGGCAGCAAAAACAGAAUGCACGAAACGAACCUCACAUGUGAAGUUCUUCUCAGUCUAUAUUGACUGUAAUCCAGAAAGCGAAAGCACUUUGUGGUCCUGUGAUGCUGUAGUGGAGUUUCGUCUUCUAUCACAGCGUCCCGACGUUCCGCACUUCUCUCGACAGUUCACAAAUAAGUUCAAUUUCAACUCAAACAACUGGGGAUUUCCUUCAUUCAUGGAGUGGGGAGAUAUCCUGAAUGUUGACAAAGGCUAUGUGAAGGGUGACCGCGUUGUGGUCGAAGCUAGGAUUACUGUGCAAAAAGUGGUCGGAGUUAGGAAGAAUCCAUGCUUCGACUUUCUAUCCCAAGAACCACAUACUUCUGAUGCGAUACUUGUGAUUGAUGGUGUCAAACUACAUGUUAGCAAAACGUACCUGUCUUUGUAUUCGCCUGUAUUCUACGCUCUCUUCUUCGGGAAAUUUAGUGAACGUGAUAAACGAGAAAUUCCAGUGGAAGAUGUAAUUCUAGAUGAGUUCAUCGAACUGCUCAAUGUCGUCUAUCCAAGUCAUAAACCGAUUUCCACUGAUAAUGUGGAGUUUCUUCUGGAAUUAGGCGACAAAUUCGAGAUACAGUUUGUCAUCGAUGAAUGCGAACGCUUUCUGAUGUCUACUGAGGACAUCGCCAUAGUGACGAAACUUGUAUGGGCAGAUCAGUACUGCUUAGCAAAGUUACAGGACGCAUGUGUACGAACUUUCAAAAGUGUGAACGACAUAAAAGCACUUAAACUUACUGAAGAGUACAAAAACCUUAGCGACACAACGAAGGCCGCACUUCUGGAGAAGAUAUUUAAAAUUCUGAAGGACUAA